AUGAAGCACUCUUAGCCUCUCCGGCAUUCUGUCUCCUCCAUUCAUUUUCCCUUUGUCUACUCCCCCAUAUUGGGGUCUUGUGCGAGCUAUCAAGCAACACGUACCCCGCCCACUACAAAAUUUGCUGCGGAGUCACCUCCGACACCGCCAAAAUGGGACUUCUGGACAUCCCCGUAGAGAUUCUGGAUGAGAUCCUUGAUCUCAGUUUGCCACUGGGAAUCGAAGGCCUUGCACUUUCGUGCAAAGCUAUCUAUCAACGAGCCGCCCCACAAAUUCGACAACACAAUGCCUUGAGGCGCACAUGGAGGUGUACGAACAACAGUCGAACAAGACGUACUGAUGACACGCUCCAAAUUCUUUACGAUAUCUUCCAGGAGCCACUAGGUGCAGACUACAUCGAAGUGUUGGAUCUUUGUGAUGAGAGGAUCCCGAACGACGGACAUUACCUGACCGAUAGACAAUGGGGAGCAGUGGAAGAGCCACAGAGCAGGAGUAUAGAGCCAAAUAGUCGCAGUUCGAUCAAUUUUCGCGAGAUUCCCAUGGCUAUGGGUAACCUCAAAACAUUCAUCGAGAAAUCUUUUCAAGCCACCGCAAAACAGGUUAACAUGGACGAUGUCUGGAGCGAUAUCAUGAAGACUGAAUUGCAUCCAGAUGAGGACGACUACAAGGAAUCAAUAUGGACGGUCGUCAGCCUCCUCAAUAUGCUUCCGAAUAUCACAACUCUGCGGCUACCGAGCUGGUGGGAAGGCCCGCAAGGAGCAGUUGGUGAAACACUUCAUUCCAUAGCCCAGGCAGCGAACAUCACCGGUGGGCCGCCAAAAUCUCUUUCUAAGCUCAAAACAAUAUUGCCAUUCGCCGAAAUUGGUUAUGAAUCGAAAGCGGCCCUUCAGUCUGUGUAUGAAUGUCUGACCCUAGGCACCAUGAGGGAGUUGUAUCUAGUCAGCGCAGUCGCUGUAGAUGACCAAUAUACGGGCCAACCUUUCAAAUGGAUACAUCCAGAACUCACUUCUUCCAUCACGCGGAUAGAGUUCGCAGCUAGCUGCAUAGAUGCCGAUGGUCUCUCUCAACUCGUCGCGCACACUCCACAUCUUGCUAUCUUUAAAUACUCUCACCAGUGCAAAUGGCACGGAUGCCAAUAUGACUGGAAUGCGGGUACUUUCGUCGAAACUUUGGCCCAUCACUGUGGGAAUACUAUCAUCGAGAUUGCACUCACACUGGAGGGUCUGCAUGGGCAUAUCAUCAACGGCACUUCCUCUUUCCGUUCGUUUCCCAAAUUGGAAAAGCUCGAAGUCGAUAUAGAGCUCUUUUGCGGUCCACCUGUUGAGUCUGGUCAGCGCCAAGGACAAGAUGCCUACAUACCUCCUGGGGACAACCCUUGGGCCAAAGCCGACAUUCCCUGUAUAGGAAGCAUGCUACCCGACAACAUGCGUGAAGUUCAAAUAAACACAGACUACGAAACACCGGAUCAUGAUGCAUUGCGAGCCUUGUUGAAGAAUUUAAGGGAGCAGCGAGCGGAAAGGCUACACCAUUUGGAAAGAGUGAUUGUCCGUGAAUACAAUGGCAAAAGCGUGCAAGAUCUCGUUGAUCAAGCGGGUGCGACUUUGGAAACCCUCGGAGCCGGCUCGAUGGGGCCUUAUCUCAAGGAGAAUGUUCCAGAGUGGAGGCGCAAGUUCAAUGACCGAAUGGUAAGAAUGCUUCAAGGCAAUCUUAGUACGGACUGA